AUGGAAUCUUUAGUUACGGAAUAUGAUUCCAUAGAUUUAAAUCUGGAAAGUGAAGAUUCUACAUAUUUGUCUCAAAAUGACAAGUAUUUCUGUAUAAAAAAUAAAUCGCAACUCUUAGAAGCCAAUGAGUGUGGAAUUGUUAACUCAUAUUCACUCCCUGAACAAUGUGAAAGUAUACGAAGAAGUAACGGUGAAGUUUAUUUUUCAUCAAGAAAUAAACUUUUCAAAUUAUUGCAAAGCGAAACCUUUGGAGAAAAGAAGUUCAGGGAGAGAAUUCUAGAUUUUUUACCACUUCACUCAAAGUACCCGCUAUUGGUGCUAAUUUGCAAGAAAAUGAAGCAACUGCAACUUAGAGUUAAGAAAAAGGUUGUAGUUCUGGAACAGUACAAUGACCGGUGUGACUCGAAGGUCAUCUACCUCGACUUUUUCUAUGAAACUAACUACAAUCCUGGUGUAGAUAUUAGUGGAAUUAGGAAUAAAAAUAUUGAGGAAAUGGCUGUAAAGAAUAAGAGUGCAGUGAUUUGUGUAUACAAAACUGAAUCUGUAGUUAAGUACUGUUUAGUUGGAUUGGAAGGUAAUGAUAUGAAGCUCUUAAAACAUGAUUUUUUGACUGAGGAUGUAGGAGUGAGAGUUAUCAAGGCUCUGUUAUCUGAAGAUCUGCUAGCCAUUUUUAAUGAUUGUUUCCUUGUAAUCUCAAAGGAUAAAGAUUCACAAGAUUAUCCUUUUUCUCAAAAUAUACCUCUACCGAGUCUGUCCAAGAAGUAUACACUGUUCUUUAAAAACUGUCAACUAGUUAGACUAGUAAAUGACUAUAUUGUAUGCACCGUUAGUGUACUUGAAAAUAAACUCAAUUUCAACUUUUAUGAGCUUUACUCUGAAACCACUUUUCACACCUUUACGCUUAAACUGGAUUACAACGUUAAGCACAUUCAUUCAAUGAUGUAUGAUGGUGGAAUGUAUAAAAUAUUGAUACAAAAUGAGGAGCUUAAGUUUCUGGUGUUGUCAUUCUACGGAGAACUCCCUACUGAAACCAUUUCCUACUACGAUCACUAUAAAACCUUCCCAGAACCUAUUGAACUUGAGGCAUUAAUUGACUCUUCUGAAGUGGUAAUCACAAACAAACUCGUAGACUACAUCAUCAAUAACAACCUCAGAACCUGCGCUAAAAAGAUACUCAAAUGCAUACAUUUGCCAGAAAUUGGAGCAGUAAAGUUGGUAAAAAGUGAUAUUUCACUACUUGACGACUUCUUAUUAUACACCACAGGGUCAGAUAAUGAGUUUAAGAGAGCAUUUAAAAGCGAAAUUGACGGAGCCACUUUCAAAGUGAUGUUAAGCAAUCUCUUGGACAAAAUAACAGAAAUAGAAGUGGAAAGAGAAACAAAGGAUGUGAAAAAGGUUAUAAAGAUCAUAAACGCUCUCUUGGAUGCUAAAGUCAUGGAGCAAAAGGACUUCGAUGAGGAAAUGAUUAAAAGACUACAGGAACUGGUAGAUGGAUGUCAAAAGGAACACUUGGAUCUCCAAAGCCUAUUGAGCUAUACAAACACUCUUUUAGAUAACAAAUUCAAGUAUAACACAAACCAACUCAUCACGACAAUGGAUAUAUCAUUAGAUUAA